ACAAAUGAAAUAUAUCGAAGAAACAUUGUUUGAAACAGCAGAGACCAAAGGCCGGCGACGGGCUAUUGUUCUUCCAUUUUGAUUUAUCGUAAUACUUUAACACUUAGAACAAGGCGGCAACAUACUUUAAUACCUGCAAUUAAACAUAUCAAAGAGUUCGGAUAUAUAUUAGGCCUUGGUUUAUGUGAUACAUAUCGCCAUAAAAGCAGCCUCAGCAUCCAGAGAGAGAGACUUGGCGAGGUUCGGUGUCCCCUUGUGCUCAUGUUUGGAUCACGGCCCGGCGCGGAGGAAAGAGACGUCAUGUGGCGUAAUAAGAACAGCCUCUGUUCGUCAGGACAUGGACUCUACAAGGUGUCGAAAACGUUCAACCGGGAUGCUGGCCCAUGUUGACUCCAAUGCUUCCCACAGUUGCGUCAAGUCGUCUGGAUCUCCUUUGGGUGGUGGACCAUUCUUUAUACACACGGGAAACGUUUGAGCUUGAAACACCCAGAAGAGUUGCAGUUAUUGAAACACUCACACCGGUGCACCUACUACCCUACCCCGUCCAAAGGUACUUCAAUAUUUUGUAUUGCCCACUGAAUGGCACACACACACACACACUCCAUGUUUCAAUUGUCUCAAACAUUAAAAAUCCUCCUUUAUUAACGGGUCUUCUCCCCUUUCAUCUGUCUGGUACCGUGUGGCUCAGUUGGUAGAGCAUGGCGUUUACCACGCCAAGGUAGUGUGUUCGAUUCCCACGGGGAACAGUAGGAGAAGAUAAACAAAAAUGUAUCCUCUCAACAGUGUAAGUCACGCUGGAUGUGAGUGCCAGUUAAAUGACCAAUACAUAAACAUUGAAGUGGAUUUAACAGUGGCUAUCAAUAAGGGAUCAUGGCCAUGCUGCUGCUCCAGUUUCAACUUCCACCUGACUGUGCUGCUGCUCCAGUUUCAACUGUUCUGCCUUAUUAUUAUUCGACCAUGCUGGUCAUUUAUGAACAUUUGAACAUCUUGGCCAUGUUCUGUUAUAUUCUCCACCCCGCACAGCCAGAAGAGGACUGGCCACCCCACAUAGCCUGGUUUCUUCCUAGGUAUUGGCCUUUCUAGGGAGUUUUUCCUAGCCACCGUGCUUCUACACCUGCAUUGCUUGCUGUUUGGGGUUUUAGGCUGGGUUUCUGUACAGCACUUUGAGAUAUCAGCUGAUGUACGAAGGGCUAUAUAAAUUAAUUUGAUUUGAUUUGAUCAUAGCUUUCAACUGGUCAGUCUGGAGAGCUUCUACUCCUAUUGUUUUGUACACUCAGCGUAGAGCCACAUUUCAUUUCAACAAACAGUACAAGAUACAUAGACCUAUACAACCGUACAGGCCUACUCUGUGGGCCGGUACCCCGCAAAAAGAUUAAGCCCUAGACUAAAACGCAUGUUCAAUGGAGAUUCUCUAUAGAAAGUGUUCGAGUCCAAUAUCUCUGUGUCCGGGAAACCGGCAUGUCUCUAUGGAAUAUGUUGGCGUAGCAGAGGCCGGACACUUGACCUUCACGCAGUGACAGGCAUAUAGCUCGGCGUUUUCUCUUCCUGCUUUUGCUCGAUAGCCUGUACAGAUUUCUCACUCGCGUCCCCAAGACAUAUGGCACAUCCACAACCUGUCAUUGACGCACUCCGACACAAUAUGUAGAUGAAGUUGACAAGCUCACAAACAGGGAAAUUACUUUAUGUUCCGUAUUUCAUUGUCACAGCGCAUGAUCAGCUGGGUUUAAUUUCCUCGUUUUCGCCAUGCGUAAAAGUCAUAUUUGAAUUCCAGUUGAUGGCCUAUUUUGAAAUAUAUGUAUAUUUUUUUGUCACUGUGUAUGCUAUUUCAUGUGCUCCUGGAAAGAGGGAGCAUGCAUACGCGUUUGGUGAGAGUUUUCUGUCUCUCCGUCGUUCUCAAAUGAAAUUCCGGACCAAGUUAUCUUAACAAAUCAUUCAAAACACAAGAAUAAGAAUAACACUGAUAAAUGCGUAAAUUAAUGGGCAACCUAUAUGCCUAUAGCGUAGAAAAUGUAGGGAGGGUAUUAUAUAUAGUGAGGGGGUGUACAAUGGAGGCGGGUCACCCUCUUCAAUACCUCCGCUCUUCUCCCCUCCCAACGCGUCCAAAUACUUAGCUCGCUCGCGCACUGGCUCCUCUCACCACCUUCCCUUUCUUUCUGUUUCGUACAUCCCGCCCCAGACCCAGACCCAGUGACAUCACGGGAAGAGACAAGGGGCUUCGCCCAGCCCUGCUCCCAUCUCCAGUUACAAAAACACACAGGAACUCAAUUGUCAAAAGAUCGCACCGCACGGCUGGUUUGUCUAUAACCUAUGGAGAACCAGGCCACACUUAUAGGACUAAACCUUUAACCAAACCUUUGUUUCUAUUCAUCAGGGGAUGAGUUGGGAUAUCCAGCCGUUUAGCGCGUGCAUCUCCGAUUACAGAGCCUCUAAAUCAAGUAUUAUUUAAAACGGGCGAUAUAGUAUCAUAUGUUACUCAGCGGGUUCCAUUUCCUUGAUGCGCGCGAGCAGGACCUCGAUGGCAUGAUGCUCCCGAGCCCGCUCACUUCCACGCCGUUCUCAGUCAAGGAUAUUCUGAAACUCGAACAGCUAGAGCAGCAGCAGCAGAGGCAGCGAUCUCAACAGCACCAAUCUCGACAUCUGGACCCGCUACAGAUCCAACACCUGUCCCACAUCCAACAACACUUUGUACACCCGGACUCGACCCAGCAACAGCAGACCCAGUCCCAGCACUUCCAGGCGCCACCGUCCUGUAUGCUUGCUUCAGCGGUCGAGAGCCCUCCGUUCUCGGACGGGGAAGACAACAUGGCUUACCUGAGUUCUCUGGCGGCCCAGGACGGGCAUGGAGAGGCCAGUCUGUCCCCGGAGAUGUUCGUCCAUCCCGGGAUGGGUCACCUGAUCGACCCGAAGCUGGAGGUAGACCUGGAGGAUCAGGAAAACAAGAGCUGUUGCGUGGUGUCCAAGCCGCUGGAGGGUGAGGACAGCGGCCAGGGGGACUCGGAUCGGCCGGCCAAGCAGAGAACCAGACGGAAACCCCGGGUCCUCUUCUCCCAAGCCCAGGUGUUCGAGUUAGAGCGACGCUUCAAGCAGCAGCGGUACCUGUCCGCUCCUGAACGAGAACACCUGGCGAGCACUCUCAAACUCACCUCCACGCAGGUCAAAAUCUGGUUCCAGAACCGACGGUACAAGUGUAAGCGGCAGCGGCAGGACAAGUCCCUGGAGCUGGCAGGACACCACCACCCUCCCCCGCCAAGACGAGUCGCGGUGCCGGUCCUGGUCCGGGAUGGGAAGCCCUGUCUGGGCGGGACUCAGAACUACAAUGCUCCGUACGGGUCGAACCCCUAUAGUUACAACGGAUACCCGGCCUACACGUACAACAACCCGGCAUACAACAGCAAUUACAGCUGUACUUACACCAGUAUCCCUACUCUCCCCCCAACCACCACGGCUAACCCCUUCAUGGCCAUGAACUUGGGGAACAUUGGGGGGCUUAGCGCCUCUCCACAGCCCCAAACGCACCAAGGGACAGCGGUCACGACAUGUCAGGGCUCACUGCAAGGGAUCCGGGCCUGGUAGCCCCUCUCCGGUUACACCUUGGAUAAAACCAGAGCAUUGUUUUACACCCACACCGGUGACAUUAAUCGAAUCCUCUCAUGCCGUUUUUUAAAGGGUUCUUCCCCUUUUUAAAAUAAAGGGAGUUAUUUCUCUGCAGUAUUUCGGAAACAGUGUUGUUUUUAUGUAGUUAUUUGCCUUCGUGUCUGCCUGGUGGGGUGGCUGUCGUUGGAUUAAGACUGAAAAGGUGCAAAUUCAACAUGUUUACUCCACUCUCGGUGACGGUCAUCAGAAAGAAGCUGUGCGUAACGGUUGAAAUGGAUUUAUGACCAACAAUGGUCGCAUUUUAUUUGAAUGACAAAACUAUCCAGUUAACGUUGGAUAUAUAGGAUAGGCCUAGUCACGAGACUAGACGUUUGAUAAUUGUGAUAUACGGACUAAGGGUGGUCUAGUUACUUGUAAGCAUGUGUUUAAAAGGAUGUCUGGAUUAUUCAACACUGAUGGCCCAUAAGUGAAGUUCCCAAUCUACUGUUCUCAAGGAUUUGCUUGAUAUUUCUAAUGUUUCUUUAGCCACGAUGACAUGAGAAGUGAGAGAGAGUGUUUGAUUGUUUUCAAGCUUAUGUAAUUCAUUGACAUUUAUUUGAUUAAUUCCAUUUUCUCAUUUAAAAAAGUCCUGGAAUGGCAGAAAUUGAAAUGGAAUCCAACCUUGGGCUCUGAACACAACUAACACAAUUUUAUAAAAUCUCAUAACUUGCUUUCGAAAACGAAUAAAUUCCAUAUUUUGCUACUUUG